CCUCUUGGCUCCGCCCACUGAAGCGCCGGCGAAGCUUCUGGGUGCGCGCGGUGCAUUGUGGGCAGGGAAACCGUUAGCAACAGGGCGGCCGCCAAGAUGAUGCCCACACCGGUUAUUCUGCUGAAGGAAGGCACCGACACUUCCCAGGGAAUCCCUCAGCUUAUUAGUAAUAUCAGUGCCUGCCAAGUCAUUGCAGAAGCCAUCCGCACUACGCUCGGCCCUCGGGGCAUGGACAAACUCAUUGUUGAUGACAGAGGCAAAGCAACUAUUUCCAAUGAUGGUGCCACCAUCCUGAAGCUCCUUGAUGUGGUACACCCUGCUGCCAAGACCCUGGUAGACAUCGCCAAAUCCCAGGAUGCUGAGGUUGGCGACGGCACCACUUCGGUUACCCUUCUAGCUGCUGAAUUCCUAAAACAGAUCAAACCAUAUGUGGAAGAAGGUCUUCACCCUCAGAUUAUCAUCCGUGCCUUCCGUACCGCAACCCAGUUGGCUGUAGAUAAGAUCAAGAGCAUUGCAGUCACAAUCAAGAAGACGGACAAAGCGGAGUUAAGAGGCCUGUUGGAGAAAUGCGCAAGCACCGCCUUGAGCUCCAAACUGAUUUCCUCCCAGAAGGAGUUCUUUGCCAAGAUGGUGGUGGAUGCUGUCAUGAUGUUGGAUGAGCUGCUGCAGAUCAAAAUGAUUGGAAUCAAGAAGGUGCAGGGAGGAGCCCUGGAGGAUUCCCAGCUGGUGGCAGGGGUUGCCUUCAAGAAGACCUUCUCUUACGCUGGGUUUGAGAUGCAACCUAAGAAGUACCAGUUCCCCAGGAUUGCCUUGCUUAAUAUUGAGCUAGAGCUUAAGGCAGAGAAGGACAAUGCUGAAAUCAGGGUCAACACUGUAGAGGAUUACCAGGCGAUUGUGGAUGCAGAGUGGAACAUUUUGUAUGACAAACUGGACAAACUCCACAAAUCGGGGGCCAAGGUCAUCCUCUCCAAGCUUCCUAUUGGGGAUGUGGCUACGCAAUACUUUGCCGACCGGGACAUGUUCUGCGCCGGCCGAGUCUCCGAGGAAGACCUCAAGAGGACCAUGAUGGCCUGCGGUGGGUCCAUCCAGACCAGUGCAAAUUCCCUGACAGAUGACGUCCUUGGGCGCUGUGAGCUUUUUGAGGAGGCGCAGGUUGGAGGCGAGAGGUAUAACUUCUUUACCGGCUGCCCGAAAGCCAAGACUUGCACGAUCAUCCUGCGCGGAGGAGCAGAGCAGUUCAUGGAGGAGACGGAGCGCUCCCUCCAUGACGCCAUCAUGAUUGUCAGGCGAGCCAUCAAGAAUGACUCGGUCGUCGCUGGAGGCGGAGCCAUAGAGAUGGAGAUCUCGAAGUACCUCCGAGACUAUUCCAGAACCAUUCCCGGCAAGCAGCAGUUGUUGAUAGGGGCUUAUGCCAAAGCCCUGGAGAUCAUUCCACGCCAGCUCUGCGACAACGCCGGCUUUGAUGCCACAAACAUCCUCAACAAGCUCCGGGCCAAGCAUGCACAGGGCGGGAUGUGGUACGGCGUUGACGUGAACAACGAAGACAUUGCAGACAACUUUGAGGCCUGCGUGUGGGAGCCAGCCAUGGUGCGCAUCAACGCCCUGACAGCGGCCUCGGAAGCAGCGUGCCUCAUUGUGUCGGUGGACGAGACCAUCAAGAACCCCCGCUCCACAGUCGAUGCCGCCCCUGCGGGCCGAGGCAGAGGCCGGCCCCAUCACCACUGAGGGAAGGCCACACGUUGCCAGUAGCGCGGGAUACAGGAACCCUGUCUUUGCCACUUAGCUCCCUUUAAUUUGGCUUCCCCAUUUGAGCCAUUAAACACCAUUCUGGGGCUGUUUUUGUCCAACUUAUUGCCACUUUCUUAAUACAUGGAAACUGGGAAUGUCCUUCAAAAUUCAAGGCUCUGCCUACUCUUUUGAAUACUCAAAGCACUGAUAUGCUAGGGAGUUGCAGGUGUUCCUUUCUCCCCUCCCAGGUUGCUCUUUUGAGUAUUAUCCUGGAAGACUCAGCAUCCCCAGGAGCCUGCUAUGUUGGCAUAGAUUUUGAAUGUUCAGUGGGUUGGUUACUGGUGGUAUUUAUUGGUUUUUCUUUUCUACUGGAGAGUCAAAAAGUCAGGCGUGAACGCAAUAAAUAAUAAUUAAAAAGCA